UGUGAGCUGAUCAGGUUAGGCGCUGGAAACCAAAUGUGUUUUUCUCUUUGUAAAGCUUCUCCUCUCGACAUUAUCUGCCUUCUGAGCCGUUAUGUUUAUGUCUCACUACAUGAGCUGGAUUUUAAUUCUGUAAACCUCAUGGAAUCAUUAUUAUGGAGGGAUUUCUGUCCUCUGGAUUAAACCCUCAUUCAGUACGACGGACUGCGAGCUGUGAGUGAGUAGGUUGUGUCAGAAAAGGAGGGAAGCAUGAAACCCAAUAAAAGAUCUUUCCUCUGGAGAGUCACAGAGAGAUGGCAGGUCCCUGAGGCCAAUGACCCUUUGUCCAAAUGAUCUAUGGUUAGAAACCAGCUGCCCUAUACAGUCAAUCUGCUCAACUACUUGACACAAAGACUGAAAGACUGAAGAACUGCUCGAUCAACAUUCAGUACCUGCAUACACUCUGAAAACACACAUUUCAACAUCUCUCUUCUCUUAAAAAAGGUUAUCUCAUAUGUGAAAAACUACCUAAACCAGAAUCUGUUUAUGGAAGAAAAGAUUUACCUAGAAAAAGGUAACGGCCCUCACGUAUCCUUGCAUCACCUUCUGUUACCAUGACCACCAAAGGAAGAAUUAUUGCAUCUCAUUUGAGAAUGCUGAGGUCGUGCAGGCGUGCGGUCCAAAGCGAUCAAUACGACUUCACUGAUUAAUGAACAGAUUUCUCUUCCAUUUAGUGGGUCAGAGAAAAAUCAUCUGCCAAGACAAAGAUUGUGAAAUUAGCUUCAGUAUUUACGAGUUGUGUUUCCAUUGCAAUGUACGGCAGCACAAACUUUAUAUCAUUUAACACCGUUUUCUUAAGACUCAGAAUCGAUUAGGCCCUUGCAAAGCUAUGAAUCAAACUGUCAGCUGGUAGCAAAUGGCCUUUUGGUAGAAUCAUGGGUUUGUGGACCUACUGACCUUUUAAAAAUUAAAGCUCUCCUUUUAGACAUUUAGAGGCGAGAUGUGUAAAUGUCCCGUCUGGGUUUAUUUUUAUGCCUUCAAAGUACAAAAAAACUGUGAUGAUGGACCAAAAGAAGAGAAUCCAACCAGCUUAGCGUAGCUUAAAUCGUCCAAAGUAACUCGAGCGAGUGCAUGUCGUGGCGGCCAUCAGCAUGGUGUUGCCACCACCGGACAAACGGCAUGUGUGUCUCACCACCUUGGUCAUCAUGACAAGCAUGGCCUUCAUGGACGCCUACCUAGUAGAGCAGAACCAGGGGCCACGGAAGAUCGGCGUCUGCAUCAUCGUGCUGGUCGGAGACGUCUGCUUUCUCAUAGUCCUCCGCUACGUGGCCGUGUGGGUGGGGGCAGAGGUGCGGACGGCCCGACGCGGCUACGCCAUGAUCCUCUGGUUCCUCUACAUCUUCGUGUUGGAGAUCAAGCUUUACUUCGUCUUCCAGAACUGCAAGGCUGACCGCAAGAGCCUGGAAACGGUCGCCAGGAAGGCUCUGACGUUGCUGCUUUCCAUCUGUGUGCCGGGUCUCUACUUGGUUCUGGUGGCUCUGGACAGCAUGGAGUACGUUCGAACCUUCAGGAGAAAGGAGGACAUGAGGGGUCGGCUCUUCUGGGUGGCACUGGACUUGUUAGAUUUGCUGGACAUGCAGGCCAACCUCUGGGAACCCCAACGGACGGGUUUGCCCAUUUGGGCAGAAGGUUUGAUGUUCUUCUACUGCUACAUUUUGUUGCUGAUUCUCCCUUGUGUGUCCUUGAGCGAGAUCAGCGUUCAGGGCGACCAGGCGUCCCCUCAAAAAAUGAUGCUUUAUCCUCUCCUCAGUCUGGUCACCAUUAAUGUCGUCACCAUUCUCAUUCGUGGAGUUAACAUGGUGCUCUUCCAGGACAGCCGGGUUUCCACCAUCUUCAUCGGUAAAAACGUGGUGGCCAUCGCUACCAAGGUGUGUACCUUCCUCGAGUAUCGGAAACAGUCGUUGGACUUCCCCGCUCGGGAGAACGCGACGGGCAUUCCGAUGGAAGUCCAGCAAAACUCUGUUGGACACGGACAAGCUUUGCCAAAUGCUAUAAGCCUCCCACAUGAACCAAACCCAGCACAAGAGAUUAUGAAUACAUGACAUGAUGAAAAAAGUUUGGCAUAGUUGUAACUUCUUAUACAAAGUGACUCAUUCCAUCUCAACUCAACCAAAGCUUUUAUAAGAAUUUAUUAUAUUAUUAUAGAAAUUUUUAAACAAAAACAAUGUUAAUUCCAAAUUGUAAAAGCCAAUUUAAAAUAUUAUAAUAAUAAUAAUAAUAGGAGGGAUCAGGAAAAAACAUUUAAUCUGGAGCCUGAUGGGACGUACACACCAAACGCAAAUUCAACAAUUGAAUUGGGUGUUAUGUUUGCCACAAAAAUAAGCGUUAUUCGUCUCAAAUUCGUCUUUCCGCAAUUUGAAAAUAUUCAACUCAAGCAAAAAUUCGCAGGGCACGAAGUUAAAUCCCGUGAGUAAUCUAGAGCCAGGAACAUGACGCUUUGCGCUUUGUGUGUACGCACCAUAAAACACAUUGAAUAAAGUCACUCUUGGACAUUUUUAUAUUUUAGCAAAUAAAGACAUCAUCUAAUACUUAUAAAACAAUUAGAAAUUUUAGUUCACAACAUCUGUAUGACUCAAAUACAAGAAGAUUUUUUUCAUGCUGAAUUUUUAACAACUAUACCUGAUUUUAAUACACAGCCUAAAUAUUGUACAUUUACAUUUAUGCAUUUGGCAGAUGCUUUUAUCCAAAGUGACUUACAGUGCAUUACAAGGUAUACAUUUUUAUCAGUCGGUUCGAACCCAUGGCGUUUUUUUGUUUGUUUGUUUGUUUUGCUGCUUACGCAAUGCUUUACCACUGAGCUUAUACAUCAAUAAAACGUAGUUUUCAUUUCUUUUUGAAAGGCUUUGGUUUUAAACAUAAUUGCCAUAGUUAUACACGUGUUAUACCAUAGUUUUGAUGAGUUUACUAUUUUUCAAAAAUGUGAAAAAUAUAAAUAAAUUGCUCAUCAUGUGUAAAAAUGGUAUAAACAACAAAUCAGCCCAUAAUAUUUGUUAUAAGUUAUGUUGAGUUGAAAUGGAGUGACUAUCAUUGGAUGACUUGAUAAGGAAGAGACAUUUAAAGAGUAUGGGGAGUUGAUAUGAAUAAAAGCAAAAGUCUUACAAAGACUUGUAUCUUAUGAGUGGAAAUGAUCAAACCUUUAGUGUUUUAUAACCACUCCACUUAACUAUCUAGCGAAAGCUUGUUAUUAAAAAAUACAAACUUUGUGAGAACCAUUUUUAUUUAUUAUAUUUAGUAUUUUUAAGUGCAGUAGAAAUUAAUUCUCAUGUUUGAGAGGAAACUAUAGUGCUAAUGUCUAUUGUGUCUGAUGUUGAGGUGAAGGAGUAAAAAGCAAAACAACUGAAAUGUUGUAUCGGUGCAUCCCUAGAAAAUAACUACAAAUAUCAUUGUGAGAAUAACCAUUAGAGAGUUACUGUACAUUCCCUUAGAAAAUAAAACAGAGAAUGAACUUCUAGACCUUGGAUUGUAAAUGGAUAACAUUAUUAUGAUGAUUAUUAUAUACCACUUGUGUACUUGAUUUUUUUACAUUUUUGUUCAAGAAUUCAGCUGUGUUUAUUAAAAAAAGGAAAAAGGAAGAAUGUUUUUGACUAAAGAUUACCUCCUCACCAGUGCCAGACAGUGAUUUCUCUUCCAAGGGACGCAAAAUCAAGAUAUGUGUUCGUUGCGUCAUGUGAACCAUGUGCAUCAUGCACCAUGUCAAAAUACGUACUGCACACGCAAUGCAAGGGUUUAUGAUAAAAGAGACGCUCACGUUCACUAAAUACCCGCAAGACACUAACUUAACUAAACUCUAAUUACACAUGAGAUUAAGCGAGUAUCCGACAAACAUGAGCGUCUUUUUUAUCAUAAACCCCUUCAAAGCGUCUGCAGCAGGCUUGUAAUUUGAAUGACGCGUGAUGCACAUAAGUUUACAUGACGUGCUGAACACAUAUUGAAAUAUGACGAGUCAAACACAUGAUGGGCUAUAUACAUGUUGUGACGAGCUUUGCAUCGUGCGCCCUCGAAAAAGAAGUCACCGACCACCACUGCUCCUCACACAAUUCUUACGCUGCAGACAAGAUCUCAGUCUUUCUAUCGCAGUGUUUGUUUAAACAGCUCCUGUAAUGUCUGAGUAAACAUAUGAUGUGUACAGAAACAGAUGGUGGGGUAAAUGGCAUGAGAGAAAUUGAAAUAAAUGCCAAGUGGCCUCUAUCAUCAGAGAUUCACCUCUCUAGAGACACACAUCACAAAACAGAUUCCUAAAACAUCCAGUCUGCCUUUUUAUAUUUCAUACAUAAUUUAUACCCCAUAGGAAUGAGAGAACUAUUCGAUAUCCUACUCUUAUUUAUUCAGUACAACAUGUAUUUAUUGCCACCUGCAUAUGGUGGGCGGUCUGUGUCAUAUGCACAAUGAACGUCGACUCACCAAUCUGUGCUUUUUAGAAAAUUUGUCAACUUCAGCAUCCACCCACUGGCAAACAACAGGAAUAUGCUUUCUCUCUAAUACGCUGUCACCAUACGGCAACAUGUCAUUUAACUUCACACUACCAAAAAGCUACAACAACUUGAAAGGUUGGAGUUUUUCAAGCCAUCAUUAUACAGAUGGAGCAGCAGUUAUUAAAACAGACUGCGUGUCCAUCACACACUAUGACUGUCAGUGUAAAUGAGCCCAUUAACAAGCUUUCUUAGCUUUUGAAAACAAAAUAUAUAGCCUUAUUCUGAAAUCACCUGUAUAUGUAAGGUUUUCUUGACCUGGAACCACAAAAACAUAAGGGUAAAUAUACAUCACAUAUGUGGUUUGUUAGGAUACAACAAUAUUUGACUGAGAUAAAACAAUUAGAAAAUCUGGAAUGUGAAGGUGCAAACAAUUUAAAAAUAUUGAGAAAAUCGCCUUUAAAGUUUUCCAAAUGAAGUCCUUAUGCUGCGUACACACCAAAUGCAGAGCAUUGCGUUCCUCACUCGCGAUUACUCGCGGGAUUAAACUUUGCCAUGCAAAUUUUCUGCUUGAGUUGAAUUUUUUUAACUUGUGCGAA